AUGGAGAGCGAAACUGAUGCGUCGGAAGCCUCGAUUCCACUUCGUCUCUUCCCUUCCGACCUCACCGCCCCCUCUCUCUCCGCUCCCUUUAAGGUGGACGAAGGCUACUCUGAUGAUACACGAAGCCAGCUAGACAAAGAGCUCUUGCGUACUUCUUCAGACGAUGUAAUGUCUAUCCCCGAUUGGGUUCUUGCUCAUAGCGAAGUUGAGAGAGCCGAAAUUGCUUAUAACCUCCUGAGCACCUUGAGAACUUCGACUCUCGCCGCAGUGGUGGAGCGACUGUCCCCGCUAUUGCAUAUGGAUCCUGUCCUCAGACUUCCCCCCGAAAUCACCUCGGAAAUCUUUUCCUACCUUGAUCCCCAGACUUUGUUGACAGCCUCAUUAGCCUCCCAUGCUUGGCGGAACCGCGUAUUUGACUCUCGUCUUUGGAAGGAGCUUUACAUUGACGAAGGCUGGCGAGUAGAUAUCGACGCGAUUCACGCUUUCGAGCAGGAUCACUCCGGGUUCCCGUCGCCUCAGUCUCGAAAGUCGCGGUCAAGAUACGCUGAUACAGACCUGGGGGAACCAAAGCAGAAGAAGCGUGUACCUCCUGGAUGGCUGGACUCGCGCGUUAAUGGGUCGGGCGAGAAUGAUUCAAAUGCUUUGGAACUUAGACAGCAAGGACACGCAAAACCAGAUACGGAGGGUGACCACCUGAUGCAUGACGCAGCGGAUGACAGGAGCUCGUUAUUCUCUCGUGGACAAGAGCCCGAAAAUAGACAUGAGUCUACUCAGGAAAUAUUACCUUUGAAAUCGAUUGAAAGAACACGGACUAAAUCUAACAAAUCGCCUCUUCUCUUUCGAAUGCCAAGUGGCUCUGCUAAAAUCAAUUGGCCCCAUCUCUACCGACAGCGCCGGCGCUUGGAAGACAAUUGGGCCAAAGGGCGGUUCACGAAUUUCCAACUCCCGCAUCCAGCGCAUAUGGAAGAGGCCCACCGGGAGUGUGUGUAUGCUAUCCAAUUCAUCGGGAAAUGGCUCGUCAGCGGAAGUCGAGACAGGACAGUUCGAGUUUGGGACCUAGAUACAAAGAGACUCUGGCACCGACCCCUUCUUGGGCACACGAAAUCAGUAUUGUGUCUUCAAUUCGACCCUAGCCCUUCUGAAGAUAUUAUUGUAUCCGGCAGCAGCGAUAGAACUGUCAUCGUAUGGCGAUUUUCCACAGGGGAGAGGAUUCAUGAAAUUGAUACUGCACACAAUGACUCCGUCUUGAACCUCCGAUUUGAUCAUCGGUAUCUUAUUACCUGUUCAAAGGACAAGACUAUAAAAAUCUGGAAUCGGCAGACUUUGACAGCGGCUGAUGAGGACUAUCCCAAAGUUCACCUGGGGUCAGGGGUCACAUAUCCGUCAUAUAUUAUCGACACACGCGAAAUGCCUUCCCCUAUUUUAGAGGCCGAGAUUGCCAAGGGACAUAUCCGUACCUUGGCUCCUUUUUCUCUUCUGAUGACGUUGGAGGGACACACCGCUGCCGUCAAUGCCAUCCAGGUAAAUGGUGAUGAAAUUGUCUCUGCCUCGGGCGACCGGCUAAUCAAGAUUUGGAAUGUCCGCAAUGGCGCCUGUAAGAAAACGCUUAUGGGCCACGAGAAGGGUAUAGCAUGCGUUCAAUUCGAUAACCAGCGAAUUGUCAGCGGAAGCAACGAUAAUACGGUUCGUAUUUUUGAUCACACUUCCGGCGCAGAGGUCGCCUGUCUGCAUGGACAUAUCAACUUGGUCAGAACUGUCCAAGCCGGCUUUGGUGACCCUCCAGGCUCAGAAGAAGCUCUAAGGCUUGAGGCUCUAGCGGUUGACAGGGACUUCUGGAAUGCUCAGCGUUCUGGCGAAGCCGUUGACCUGGGGCCCGCUGCGCUUAGACGAGCUGGCCAUCAGCAGAAUACAGCUGGAUCAAGGAACCCCCGAGACAUCAAAGCAUUGGGUGCGCACAUUCCCCCAGGGGGAGGUGGAAGCAGAUGGGGGAGAAUUGUUUCUGGUUCGUACGACGAGUCUAUCAUUCUCUGGAAAAAGGAUACAGAGGGAAAGUGGGUUGUUGGCCAGAGACUGCGACAUGCUGACGCCGCUGCGCGCGCCUCUUACCCACGCCCUAGUGCUCCAGGUGGCAAUGCCUUUGCAGCCCAGGGUCUUGCUGGGACGUCACAGCCGUCGUCUUCUGUUCUUACGCCUGGCAUACCCCCCAAUCAACAAGGGGACUCAAGCUCAGACGCGACAGCCCAGCCAUCGACGAUAGCCCAGGGAACCCCAAGCCGACCAAACCCUCCUCAAGGACCGCCUAUCACCAGCCUUCUUGCCGCUGCAAGCUUCUACAAUACUCAGCCCCGUGUCCUACCUGCUGCCCCAGCUUCCACCCCAACAUCCAGAAUAUUCAAAAUCCAAUUCGAUGCUCGCAAGAUCAUCUGCGGCAGCCAAGAUCCUCGCAUUGUGGGAUGGGAUUUUGUCUGUGAUGACGAGGAACUCGAAGAAGCUUGCCAGUUUUUCACCGGCUUAUAA